CAGAGAAAACCGAAGAAGCCUCCGUUGACGCAUUUCCUUUGUCUUCCCCUUGUCAAUGAUAUAUCCCUCCCUCAGCUGGAAUCCUCCCUCUUAACAUUCGAAUCCUCCAUCCCACCAACCCCCACAGCGCCACACCACCACCAGCCUCAUCCACUCAUCCCACAAGAUGCAAUACGUCCCGUGGGGACUCUUCACCUUACGCUCGGGGUGAUGAGCCUCCCUACCCCAGAGCGACUCAAUGAAGCACUGCGGUUCUUCAACUCCCUUGACCUGGUCGCUUUGAUGCGCCAGGCGGAGAACACCGCGCAAAAGAAGCGGCUGAAUGCCGCGAAAAAGAGAAAGCUCCCAGAGUCUAUCAAGCGAGAGACCACAACCCUUACAGAAGGAAGAAAUGAAGGAUUUGUAUAUCCAACCCCAUCGACACCUACACCAUUCACCAUCUCCCUCGAAUCCUUGCAUGCCCUACCCCGUGCACGCUUCGCAACAGUCCUCCACGCGGCGCCUGUCGAUCCCACAUUCCGCCUCUACCCAUUUUGCGAACUACUCCGCGACCGCUUCCUAGAAGCCGGCUUUUUGCAAGGCGAAUACAAAAAGCACCCGGAUAAUAAUAAAGACCCCAAAUCGCGGAAAGAACAGGGAUCACACCGUUCCGACCCGGACCCUGAACCGGUAGUAGCAGAAGAACCGAGUCUUCUCGAAGAAAUGCCCACCGAAAUCGCCGAAGAACCGGCAAGGAAAUCGGAUUCUCAUGUUGCUACAACACCUACACCUACACCUACAACUAUCCCUAACUCUACUACUGCUACUAACCCUGACUCAAAACAAAAGACAGCGCCACAAUUAAAGCCUCGCCCGCUUCUCUUGCACGCGACAGUAGUGAAUACAAUCUACAUCCGCGGAAGAAAGCGGGCUGGAGGCAGGGGCGCACAUGGCGAACAUCACAAGGGUAAUAGCCGCCGGAACAGCCAAUACACGUUUGAUGCGCGGGAUAUACUAUCUCAUUAUCGGGAUUUCUAUCUCGAUAGAGAGAGAGUAACCUCGCGGUCCAACAUGAUCACCCCUACCCUUACUCACACAGAAACGGAGAACGAGAAUACAAUACUAAGAAGGACUGGAGACGAAGAAAUCACCACCACCACCACCACCACCAGCAAUGACCCUGCCCUGAUGCGAGAUGAGAGGGAAAUGUCCCCCGCCGCUCAGUCGAUACCGCUAGAGAGUUAUGAGAAAGAGACCCAGCCCCCGUAUCCCUUUGUCUGGGCGAGGGAUUUCCCGCUGGAGACGCUUUGCAUCUGCGAAAUGGGAGCGAAGAAGCUGGAUCUAGAUGCCGACGAGAGUGGGCUGAAUGCUCGUCUACGAGAGAAGUAUAUGGUUGUUGCACAGAGGGGUUUGGAUUUU